UUAAGAGUGUUUUUAAAGCAAAGUAGACUUUUGGCUUUGAUGAAAUAAUUAUUCUAACAGAGUGGACAGAAAAAUAAAGAUUGCUAUUUUUUGUCAAAAGCCUCUUCACCAUAAAAUUCAAACAACAUGUAAGAUAGUGCAGAAUUGUAUUAUAAAAAAAAUAGUGUUGAGCUUUCCUAUUUAACAGAUCGAUUUAUUGAUUCCCAUCAAAGCGUUAAUGAAUUGGAAAAUACUUCCAGCAAUAGGAAAAAAUCAAACACAUUAAAUAUAACUAAAGGAAGCGCAAUCGAUGGAAUAAUUACUCGUAAUUCGCAUGCAAAUAUAAAAUUUCCUAGUCCUAGCAACUAUGUUAAUCUUUCUUAUUAAAAAUUAAAAUUGUUAAAUGCUAAUGAGCCUAAAAAAGGAUAUGGAUAGGAUUCAGUUGUUUCAGAUAAGUAAAUGAAAUAAAGCAAUUUUUUAAAUACUCAAAAGCAGAGAUAAAUUAGUUUAUGUUAAAAUGCAAAUAUUAAUGCUUAAAAUAACCAAGAAUAAAAAAAUAAAAAUAUAUUUAUUCAGCUAGAUUAAUUGAACUAAUAGAGUGUCCAAUCCAUAAGAGAUAGCUCAAUAGAAAAUAAUAAAUUUUAAGAUUACAAUUAAGAUUUUAACUAAUUCAUGUAGAAUGAAUUAAUAAACUAAAAAGAUGAAUAAAACCAAUAAAAUUUACUUUAGCUGUAACUAUCGCCAAUAAUAAGGAGAUACACGUUAGAUGCUAAGAGCUAAGCCAAAGCAGGGUUUAGUGACUAAUAUUACUUAAAUAAUAAUUUUAUAUAACCUGCAGAAAAUUUAGAUUAUAAAUCUCAAAGGCAAGAUGUUGUAGAAAAACAGUAAAAUUUAAAAUAGAUAAAAAAAGAUAAACUAAAAAAAGUUCAAUUAUCAACAGACCACGCAUUCCAUUUUUCUUCUGGAAGGGCGAAGCUUAAAAAUAAGAGAUAAAUGUUUAGUCCAUGCUAAAGUGCAAGAUACGAGUGUAAAGUAUAAUUUGAAAAUAAAUAUCUCAUAAAAACAGGCUUUAUAUAACCUAGUGACAAAAAUAAAGAUGUUUAAAUGAUUUCAGUUGAUUUAAUAUAAAAAAGAAGAGUUGAGUUAAUUCAAAAACUUGAAAAUUUAUAGAGCCUGAAAUAAAAGAUUUAACAAGAUAAAGAAGAUUAAUCUUAGAAAUAAUUAGAUGAAAACUCAAUCAAUAUAAAUAAAAUAACUAUUUAACAACCUAUAAAUGUUAUUGAUGGAAUUUAAGAAGAUGAUAAGGAAGAUUCAUAAAUUUGCAUCAAUAAAAAUUAAAAAGACCAGCAACUUUUUUCAGAAAAAAUUACUAAGCUGAAAAUGCUUGAUAAUUUCAACAUUAAAAUGAAAGGUAUUUAAAACUAAAUUAAAGAUAUUAACUAAAUUGUAUCGAAGGAAGAUAAACUUGCUUACUUAGCCAAUGAUUUGAACAAAUCUACGAAUACCUUAGAUUAAACUAACAAAUCUAUUCAAGGGCCUAGCUUUUAAUAGUCACUGCACAAUUCAAAAUUUAAAGAAAUUAGCUUAAAUAACUCAAAUUAAUCAUUUAAUAAACUUAAUUCAUCUAAUUUUAGUAGAUUGAAUUCAUCAAAAAGCACUAGAAAAAAGUAUAAGGGUAAUUAAUUUGACUUACCUGUCUGUAACUCAAAUGAGAUAUUAAAGAGAUAUAAUAAAAUUCAAUAAGCUUAAAAAUAAGCAAAUCAAGAAAGCUAAAAAAACGAACUUAAAAAUAAUGAGAAUAUUCUUUAAAUGUAGAAUUAAAAUUUUACUAAUUAGUUAAAAACAUAAAAUGAAAUUUAAAAAUAGAAAAUAGACUUAAGCAUAGACAGCUAUGGAAAAAAUUAAGAUUUGGAGAUUUAACAUUUAAUUCAAAAUCUAAAUAAUUAGACAGAUUAAAUGUAAAAGAUAGAUAAAAAAUAUCUAAUCAUAGAUCAAGUUUCUUCUAAAAAGUCUCCAUUUUUUGCUAUAAAAGAUAGCAACCAACAACAAUAAUAAAACGAUGUUUAAGUUUUGCCAAAAUAUUAAUUAAAUUAAUAAACCAUAUUAGAUUUAUAGUCUUAAAGUUCAAUAUAAGAAUAAAACUUAAAUAAUUAGAAUAAUCUUCACUAAUAAACAUAAUCUAGCAGAACUAUAAAUAAAUAGCUUGUUGAAGAGUCUUAAGAUGCAAAAAAUUAAGUGAGUCAAAAUGAAAUAAAUUAAAAAUAGCAUAAUUAAAAGUAAUAUGAUAAAGAGUUUCUUUCUGCUCUUUUAACUUCAUGGCAAGAUAAAAAAAAAGAAACAAAAAAACCAAUAAGCUCUGGGUUUGUUAAAAGAAGAAUCAUUUUUUAAAGAAAUUAAGUCAAUGUUCCUAAAAAAAAGAUAAAUAAAAAUAAAAUAAGAAACAGUUUGCUUCUUUUUCUAUAAAAACUAAAACAAUCAAAGCUCUAACUUGAAGAGUUUUGUGAGAAAAAAGCUGAAAUAUUUAUGGAAAAACCUCUCUAAAGGCUAGGGUCUUUUGUAUUCUUUAAAGCUGUUAAGCAUAAUAACUUAAUUAGUGUUAAAAAUAUUAUAAGUUAGUGCAGAUAUUUUAUAUUCGAUUUUGACUAAAAAAAGCAAACAUGUCUUCAUAAAGCUGCAAAAAAGGGAUAUACUGAUAUGUUAGAAUAUUUUAUAAGUCUUGGUGCAGAUUUGGAGUUCAAAGACAUAGCUGGAAGAAAGGCUCUAUAUUAUGCAAUUAAGAACAAUAAAUUACCUUGUAUCAAGCUAUUAUUAUUAAAUAUGGCUAACCCAUGGAGUUAUGAUAAUGCUGAUUAUAAUAAAUUAAUCAAAGAUAAACCAGAAAUUUAAAAAAUUCUUAAGAUAUUUAGAAAGUUGCAUCUAAUUUUGAUGUUCACUCCCUAUAGACAUAAAUAACAGCUGAUAGAAAAUACUAUUAAAUAGCUAUAAUAUCAUGAUCUAAAGUGA